UCAUUUAAAAUUCUCUUGGAAAAUGUAUCACCAUUCUCACUCUCUUUCCUCUCCUUUUUCCAAUUCCAUUCAAAGCAUGCACCAUCUUUUUGAACACCCUUCACAAGAAACAAUACUCCACACAAAUCCCAUUUAGAUCCUUUCUCUCUUUUACAAGUAAUUAAAGCUCUUUAUAAACUCUUGAUCAUUAUCACACAGAUUAUUCAAACUCCAACACCCUCCUUCAGGAUUUCCCUGAAAACUCUCCUCCACAACUUGCAACAAUGGCAGCUUUGCAGAAGUUCAAGAUCCUUGCAACACCAUGUGGGGUUGUCCAGAGUCCCACCAGGAGCCCCAGAACGAGCCCACUGGUGCAGCUGCCACGCAAGAAGACAAGCUUACGGAUGUUACUGACCAAGAGCACCAGCCGCCACUCGCAGAAACUACUGACGACGAGUCAGCAAGAAGUUGUGGUUGUUGAUAUUGAACGUGACAUUUUGCAUGAGAAGAAGAAGAAGAGUCAGAGUAACACUUUGAAGGAUCUGUUUGUCUCUUCUUUUGAAGAUGAUAACGUUGACAAUGACAAGGCUGGUGAUGGUGAUAAUAAUGAUGGCACGGUUAGAGACAAGAGUGAAAUAUUGUUAAUGAGGAAGUUGCAGGGUGGUUUGGUAGGUCAACCGGGUUUGUCUAGACCGGUUUGGGUUGGAUUUAGACAUAGAUUGCUUAGGAAAGCUUGGAGGCCGAUGCUUGUUUCUAUUCCUGAGUAACCACAAAUUUUGUUUUUUGUUUUUUUUUCAUGGCUUUUUAUUGAUAUUUUAACU